AUGGCUCACCAUCACCACGGUCACAGGCAUCUGCCUCGCAACCCCGACUUCUGGGACGAUGUUGGAAAGACAUUCAAGGAUCUGAAUCCCUUUGCGUCCAAUGACGAGGAUGACAGCCCAACUAACGGAGGUAAACUUGAGAUCCGACAAGACGACGAUGAUGAAGUCCCGACCACACGGCGCGCUAAUACGAGACAAGGUCGGUCGACUGUUAUCAAAACCAUCUACCAGACCGUCACCGACGGCGACGCUGGCGCGCCUGUGGCCAUGACGCCCGCCAGUUCGUCCACCUCCGUCGACGACGACUCAUCUACCUCGCUGCCUUCCGUCAUUGAGGAACCCCUCACUGAGAGCAUCCCCACCACCCUCGCUAUUGCAACUGACGUUCCGACUCUCAUCCGAACCACAAAAUCCGCCGCGACCGCGGAUGGUGCCAGCGCCAUUUCUUCCGCAUCGCCGAGCGCCACCUCGACCACGGAGAAGUCGACCAGCUCUGAGACCAGCGGUGCCGCAAAGGCUGGUAUUGCCAUUGGUGUUCUGGCUGGUGUCCUUAUUGUCUUCCUGCUCGUCUUCUACCUUUUCAACCGCCGCAAGAGGCAGCUGGAGCAGCAGCGCUUGUCUGAUGAGGAUGAGAAGAGCAACGGCUUCGGAACCGCCGCCGCCGUGACCAGUCAGGACCCCCGCGCUCCCCGUAUCAGCCUCCGUCCUGUCACUCAGUUCUUGCCCAACCUGAACAUCGACAAACGCGCCAGCCGGAACCCGGCUGUUAAUAUGAACGCCAACUUGGCUCCUGCUGCUGCUGCUCUCGGUAUCCGCAACCCUGGCCAAAGCGCCUGGGACAGACCGACAACGAGCCAAAGCGCGAACCCCGCCAACCCGUUCGGCGCUCAAGCCGAGCGAAUCAAUGGGCCCAUUGCCGAGGAGUCUGUCCGCUCUUUGAACCUCAAUGAGAAGCCUCUGCCCAUCGUUAGCGUUACUGAAGCUCCCCCUGCCGUUGAUUCAGGUGCCCCGGCUUCCGGCGCGGUUAACGGUGCUGAUGUUGCUGCCGGCGCCGCCGCUGCUGCUGGUGCCGGUGCUCUUGCGGCUGGAGCCUUGACUCGCAAGGCGUCGACUCGGAAGGACGGCCCCAAAGCCCUGGACCUUACUCUACCUCCUCCUCUUGCGCCCAUGUCUACGGUUCCCGCUUCACCCGCCGGAACCGCCUACAGCACGGACUCUGCCGGCCCUGGUCACCAGUCUUCGGCCUCCACGGGCUCUGCUGCUAUCGCCGCUGCGGGCGGGCCCGCCAACACGACUGUUCACCGAGUGCAGCUCGAAUUCAUGCCCACUCUCGAGGAUGAGAUGGAACUGAGAGCCGGUCAGCUUGUGCGCCUUCUGCACGAGUACGACGACGGCUGGGCCCUUUGCAUCCGCUUGGAUAGAUCCCAGCAGGGUGUUGUGCCGCGCACCUGCUUGUCCGCUCGUCCCGUCAAGCCCAGGCCUCCCCAGGCUCAAGGACCUCGUGGCCAACCGAUGGGUCCCGGCGCUCCUCGCGGCCCCGGCCCCAACUUCCCUCCUGGUCAGCGCCCCAUGAAUCAGGGUGGCCGACCCGCUUCCCCCGCUGGACACGGCCCCAUGGGGCCUGGCGGCCGCCCUCAGUCCCCUGGUCCUCGCUACCAAGGACCUCCGGGACAACGACCUCAGAGCCCCAGCGGAAUGGGAGGCCGUAAGCCGAGUCCCCCAGGACCUAGCCGAAUCCCUCAGCCCAGCAGAAUGAACCCCAACGGCCCUCCUAAUGGCCCUCAGAACGGGCCUCAGGGGUCCCCAUCUCAGGGUCGUCCAGGCCCGCCCAUGGGACCCGUCGGCCGCAAGCCCGUCCCGGGACAGGCCGUUUAA